AUGUCGUCACUGACCCGAGCAUUUACCAAGCGCCACAAGCGCCCCGAGGUGUCCGCCCCGAUGCCCUACCGGGAAGGACAAGUCAAGUUCUCCGCAGGCACCAUCAAUCGAGGAAAGAUUUCAGCGCCGGUGGAGUUGUUGUCAACGACGAACAUGCUCGCUUACAAUGCGCCCGAUCUCCAUUCGGCAGGCUCUUCAUCCACAUCAUCUCUCCAAUCUCCAGAUGACUCGGAAUUGUCUUUCGCGCAGCAGAGUUUCGGAUCGCCCAUCACAACGCCAAGUGACUCUCCCAUAGAGCCCAAUCCUCUGUCGACAUAUUUUCCCAAGCGCUCAGCAACUGUGACCAGUCAUCCCCGGUCAUCCACAUCGACUGCAUCAUCUACAGAGGCUCCAUUGGUUCCCAAGCGGGCGCUAUCUCAUACGAAACGAUCUCACCAAGAGUUAGCUCGCCAGCGUUCCAUAUCGCGGCUCUCGCCUCCUCCGCUGAAUUCGAUGCGCAGCAGUCCCGCAAUUCGUCCAGCGCAGGAAUACACCAACCCCGAACCCCACCCGUUUGGAAAGGAACUGGAGCAGGUGAAUGAGGUAGUGGAGGAGUUUAGUGGAGCCCGUGUGGUCGAUGAGGACGAGCUCUACUUACAGAACAGAGGCCUGAUGAAGUUCACCGCGGACGAGUAUUUGGUCGAGCUGGAAGACCUUUAUGGGAGCAUUUUUGAUGAUCGAAUGGGUCCGAUCGCUUCCGGACAGUGGUUAUAA